GGCCGCUGACCGUUCACAGCCUGUAAUUUGACUUUGUUUACCGGUCAAAAUUAGGAACAAAUCAUUCGUAAAUAAAUAAUAUCGUAAAUCGAAUUCGCAAUCAACAAUUUUGCAUGAAAAGUGCCUUUUUCAUUGUAAGAUAAAUAUGCCCCUUCAAUUCAUGGCUAUGGCUCAGAAUGCAGUUGAACCCAUGCAAGUAGACGCUCCUUUGGAAGACAAUGAUAAUAAUGAAGAAGCUUUUUAUGUUGUGGAAAACCCAAGUAUAGAUCUUGAGGCAUAUGCCAACAGUUACACUGGGCUAGCGAAGAUUCACCGCCUUGUAUUUAUUGUAGAUCAUUGCCCCUCUCUUCGUUUGGAAGCUUUGAAGAUUGCCAUUGCAUAUGUGAUGUCUACUUAUAAUGUAAAUUUGUAUCAGGGAUUGCAUCAAAGACUAGGAGAACUUACCAGCACCUUAAACGUCCCUGACGUAGCAGCGCCAUCUGCUUCUCAAGACAUACCUGUUAUAGACAAUAUGUGGAUCGAAACCCGACUAAAAAAAGCUGCCCUAAAACUUGAAAAACUCGACAAUGACUUAAAAAACUACAAAAGCAAUUCAAUUAAAGAAAGCAUUAGGCGUGGUCAUGAUGACUUGGGAGACCAUUACUUAGAUUGUGGAGAUUUAUCUAAUGCCCUGAAAUGCUAUUCUAGAGCAAGGGAUUACUGUACUAGUGGCAAACAUGUGGUCAAUAUGUGUCUUAAUGUCAUUAAGGUGUCCGUUUAUUUGCAAAACUGGUCGCAUGUGCUCAGCUAUGUUGCUAAGGCGGAGGGGACACCGGAUUUUUCAGAAUCUCAAGCUAAGGACAGCAAUCCAAUAAUUUUUUCUAAGCUGAGGUGUGCUGCUGGUUUGGCAGAAUUAGCUACAAGAAAGUACAAGCAGGCUGCUAAACAUUUUUUGCAGGCUAGUUUGGACCACUGUGACUUCCCAGAGCUGCUAUCUCCAAAUAAUGUUGCAGUUUAUGGAGGUCUUUGCGCCCUAGCAACGUUUGAUAGGCCUGAAUUACAAAAAAAUGUCGUUAACAAUGGAAGUUUUAAGCCAUUUUUGGAGCUGGAGCCUGCUCUCAGAGAUGCCAUAUUCAAAUUCUAUGAAUCUAGAUAUGCAGCUUGCUUAAAAUUAUUAGAUGAAAUGAAGGAUGCUCUUCUACUGGAUCUUUAUCUUGCACCACAUGUUCCGGCUUUAUAUGCUCAGAUUAGAAGCAGGGCUUUAGUUCAGUAUUUCAGCCCCUAUAUGUCAGCUGAUUUACGAAGAAUGGCUCAGGCGUUUGGCAGGAGUGUUCCAGCUUUAGAAGAUGAACUUAUGAGACUGAUUUUGGAUGGCCAGAUUCAGGCCAGGAUUGAUUCACAUAAUAAAGUCUUAUUUGCAAGAGAUGCAGACCAAAGAGGUGCGACCUUCGAAAGAGGCCUCGCAGUUGGUAAAGAGCAAUUUCGAAGGGCUAGAAUGUUGGUCCUGAGAGCCGCAGUGCUGCGAAGUAGGCUACAGGUCCAAAGCCCUCCUAGGGAACAAGGCGAAGGGGCGACUCCUCAGAUGCCUGCCGUUUCUAGUGGGCAUAGUACCGCCCGUGUUUAAAAAGUUACAUUUUCUUUGGUUUGUAUUUGAAUUUGUUAAUAUUAUUAUUUUAUCGUGAUAAAACAAAAUUAAUGUAAUAUAAUUUGUAUUAGUAUGUUUUUG